AUGGCUGUUGAUUAUUUUCCCAAGCAUUUGGUGUUCAACAUCUUGUUCAAAUUACCCGUUAGAAGUGUUGUUAGAUUCAGGUUUGAAUAUUUGGCGGCUUUUUCUUUUCUUUGCAAUGAUACAUUUGACAUGUCUCCCCCACAAGAAAUUCCAUAUCCUCAUGAUAUAAUGGAAAAUUGCUCUUUCGUUGACAUCGUGGGUUCUUGCUGUAAUGGCGUAAUUUGCCUCCGUGAUGGAUAUUUCUUUGAGAAUUUGCUUGGGUUAUGGGGCUUUUUGCUUUUUCAGAUGCUACCUCAAUCCAAUCUUUCACAUCCUCCUCCUCCUCCUGAACCUUUUUCAUUGGAAAUUGUAGAAUUUGGAUUUGACUCCACAACAUGUGAUUACAAAGUACUCAGGAUUUUUGAGUAUUUGACUCAUGAUAACCAAUGUGAUUACCUGGCGGAGAUCUAUAGUCUGAGGGAUGAUACUUGGAGAAAACUUGAUGUCUCUCUGAAUUCUUGGGAGUUGCCUCGUUAUAAGUACGAAAAUGGCUACUCUGAGUAUAAUUAUGAUCAUAGAGCUCAUACGGGUGCAAAUGGUACAUUUCAUUGGUGCGCAAAAGAGAGAGACCAUAGUCGAGAUUUAAUUGUUUCUUUCGACUUGAGCAAUGAGGUUAUCAAAACAACAGCUCUACCAGAUGCUUUCAGUUCUCAUUUUUGGCGGACAAUUCUUUGCUUGAAUGAGCAUGUUGCUUUGUCUCUGUCUACUAAUCAUCAUGUGGAGUUGUGGGUAUUGCUUGAAUAUGGAGUUGAUGAGUCUUGGACUAAAUUAUUUACCGUAGCAUACCCAGAAUGUUUGGAGAUGUCUCUGCCAUUAGGAUUUUCAAGGAAGGGCGAGCUAUUUUUCUCAUCGUGGAAUCAACACUUGCUCGUAUGGAACCCUCCUGAAGAAACAAUUAGCCCUGUUCCUUUAGAAGGAGCAGUACAUACAAGCAAUUACUUGCAGGCUGUCCCUUACAUGGAGUCCCAUACUUCAUUGAAGGGUUGCAACAAAUGA